AGGUCUGAUUGGACAGUGGGGUUCUUGGGGCCAGUUGAACAGUUAGAAAAUUCAGAUGGAAAACGUGGUGAACUUGCUGAGAGGUGUAAGAAUCGGGGGAAAAUAGAUUUGGCAGAUUGCUUUGGAAAGGGCAAUGAAGAGAUAACAGGAACUUGAAGAGUUUAUUUCCGUGGCCACCUCACCCAAUGAUACCUGUUGCCUGGUAGGAAGGAAGACAAAACAAGCACCAGUCAGACACCAGUUCUCCAGCGCAUGGUAUAUUACCUGAAGCAGGUGGCAGAGUGAGUUGUGGGAGGAAGAUGUGGCCAGGCAGGGCCUAUAUAAAGAAUGAGCAUGAUGUGGUUUCUUCACGCCUGUCAGAUUCCCUGACUGAGAGUAGAGAUGGCUCCUGUCAUAACUUUCCUCACAUGCACCUGGGCUCUUCUGCCACUACUUGUGGCAUCUGAAGCCCCUCCAGGCUGUGUUCUCCCAUUCCUUUUCAAUGGCAGAUACUACUCUUCAUGCACCACUGAUGGCAACCCUGACCAACAGCUGUGGUGUGCCACAACUGAAAACCAUGACAAGGAUCGUAAAUGGAAGCCAUGUGCUCUUAGAGAAUAUGGAGGCAACUCGAAUGGAGCAGAAUGUGUUUUCCCCUUCAGCUACAAAGGCCAUACUUACUACACCUGCACUAACAAAUUCGAAAUAAAAGGGCGCUACUGGUGUGCUACAACAGGAAGCUAUGAUAAGGACAAGAAGUGGAGCUUCUGUGCUGACACCAGACUAGAUGCAAAUUUAGCUACAGGGCCCUGCAUGUUCCCUUUCGUCUUCCAAGGCAAGUGGUACAAAGCUUGCACAACAGAUGGGAGAUUCGAUGGGAAGCUCUGGUGCUCUCUUGUCACCAACUACGAUGAAAAUCCGACGUGGGCAUACUGUGAACCCUCAAAACCUGCCUCCUGCGUCUUUCCCUUCAAGUAUAGGAACAAGUCAUACUCCUCGUGCACCAAAGAAGGAAGUUUUGAUGGGCAGCUGUGGUGUGCCACAACUCCAGACUAUGACAAAGACAGCAGUUGGAAAGGAUGUUCCCUCCAAGAGUAUGGAGGGAACUCCAAUGGCCAGCCCUGCUGGUUCCCUUUCACCUUCAACAACCAGACAUUUGAUGCCUGCACCAAUGAGGAUGACAACGGCGAGAAGAAUGGGGGAUACUGGUGUUCCACUACUCCAAACUACGAUGAGCAAAAGCUAUGGAGCUUCUGUGCUGACACAAAUUUGAGAAGUGGGGAAGUUUUAUUACCAGAUGGAGAAUCUACGAAGAGCUGUGUCUUUCCUUUCACCUACAAUGGCAAGACUUACACAAGCUGUACAUCAGUUGGGACAGUAAACUGGAAGUACUGGUGCUCUCUCACCAGCGACUAUAAUAAAGAUCGCCAGUGGAAAUACUGCGAACCUUCAGAUUUGAAAAAACAAGAAGAUUAUCAGCCAUAAAGACAAGCGAGACCGGCAACUAUCAGUAAGAUUACCAAAACCAAUCAACCAGUAUCUUGGACAUCUGUGAUUCCCACUACACUGUUUCACUAGUGGAAAAUGCUAGUUUUCAUCUGGGCCUAUCCUGUUUCCACCUAUGCUACAACUAUGGAUAAAGUCCCUUACAUACUGCAGCUGCUCUUCAUCCCUGGCCUAGGAUUCUGCUAGGGACCCAGUCUCUGAAGAUGUUUUGCCCUCAUCACCAAUGAACAGCAGUUCAGAAGCACCACCAGCAUAUCUAACAUUGUCGUCACUUUCAUCCUAGAUUUCCUAACUGAUACACAAACUCCUCCUCCGUCCUUUACUCACAUGAUGAGCAGCUCUGUGCUCAGUUGCUGAAAAACAAAAUCUAUUCUUGUCUUGUCUGACAGCUGUAGUCUUUUGGAUUAUACACAUGGUAGCACUAAGUCAUAUAAAAGCAUAUUAAUUAAAAUUAGUAAUUAAAAUCAAGCAGUAAUAUAAUCGUGCAUUUUCUGUAUGGCCAUGAUUUCACUCCCUUAACAAUGAACAUAUGGGUUCACAUCUGGGUUAUCAUUAAUCAUCUACAGAUUAUUAUGGUUGGGCAGAAGAGUGUAAAUAGGGUAGGCUUGGUGAAAUGUUAGAAGCUGGAGUGGUGUGAAUAGACAAGGGAGAAAAAAGAAGGGAGUACUGCCUACAGCAUCUCCUCCCCUAUAGCUGCUAUUCUCUAGCCUCUGCUAAUUGGAAUAAACUGUUUGAAGGAAAAGGGUUCAUUUGGGAUCAAAUCUGAAAUAUUUAAAUUUUGCUAUAUAAAGGGAGGGUGUACUGUGUAAUCUAGCUAGCAUGAAAUGAACACUAUUAUCAAGAGCUGCUCUGUUCUGGGCACCUAUAUAAUUGACCUCUGUCCUAUGCCAUUGCAUAGUUUACAUUUUGAUGACAAGAUGAUGUGUGAGUGAUGUCACAGAUGUGCACAAGAAAUGUGCAACUUUCAGAUGAUUGUGGGUGGAUGAUUGACCUGGGUUAUUGUAAAUGUGUCGUCCUGUAAUGCUAAGUGGUUUAUUUCACCUGAAUACUUAAUAAAGUCUAUCCUUGCAAAUUCACAA